UUCAUUCCUUAAUGGCUGGAUGACUAGCUAGCUAACAUUCUAUCCAAUUUGGUUGUAAGGUAAGGUACUGAAAGUUUUUAUUUGAUAUUUAAGAAUUGUUUAUAUUCUGUUGUCAAUUUAUCAACAAAUUCAGGUUGAACAUGGAUCACAAGAUUCACCAGCUACAACCAAGUACUAUUUUCAUGAUUCUCUUCCUCUUAUCUUCACCAUCAUAUCUCAUCUCUUUGAAGAUUGAUCAGCCACCAUCUGAAUAUGUCUUUCCCUCCAUAAAUACAACUACUUCUACAUCAUGGAUGAUCAACCAGCUACCUUCAGUGUUGUUAAAUAGUACAACAUAUGGAUUCGACCUCUUUAAAUCCAUUCUUCUCAAAAACUCAAGUUCCAGUGGCUCGCAGUUCAUUAGUGGUUUCACUUGUAACUUUUUCAACACUUCAUGCUUCUUUGGUAUAAUAAUCAUCCUCCAAAACAACAUCUUUAAUGAUGACUUUAGUGAUAAUGUUAUAUAUAAUGAUCCAGUGAUGAUUUGGUCUGCAAAUCGGAAUGAUCCAUUGCAAGGGAAUGCUACAUUAAAGUUCACUUCAAAAGGUGAUCUAAUCUUGGCAAAUGCAGACGACAAAUUGGUUUGGUCCACAAACAACACAGGUAAAUCUGUUUUAGGAUUCAAGUUAACUGAAACAGGAAACCUUAUACUCUUUGGAGAUGACCAUUCCAUUGUUUGGCAAUCUUUUGACCAUCCCACUGACACCUUAGUUAGAGGCCAGAUUUUGUUGCCAGGACAGAAGCUAAUAGCCAGCCAAUCUGAAGAUAGUUUGAACCAAGGAUUGUAUUCGCUCACCCGUGACAAGCAGGGAAGUUUGGUCGCCUACAUAGAGUCUAAUCCUCCUCAGAUUUACUUUAAUUCAUCCACCAUUAUUCUGGAAGGAGAAACUAACGACUGGUUUAUGAGCAUCCUAGAACAAAAUGCUUCAACCAACCUCACUUAUCAAUUCUCGAAGCUAGAAGCCAACGGGCACUUCAACUUUUACAAGCUUGGACAGUAUGAACCCAAGAUAUUGAAUGAUCCACUUAAAGAUCAAAUUCGUGAUUGUGAUCAUCCUAUGGCGUGCGGAAGAUAUGGCUUAUGUUCAGGAUCAAAACAGUGUAGCUGUCCAGAAAAGGUGAAAGAUGGAUCACUUAUCUUAAGGCCAAUAGACUAUAGAAAACCAAACAUUAGUUGCACCAUUAUCACCAACAUAUCAUGUGCUGAUUCUCAAUAUCAUAGUCUUGUGGAGCUUAGGAAUACAACUUAUUUUAACUUCCUCCAACGCCAAAGAAAUAUGAAUGUGAGCUUACAAGAUUGCAAAUUGGCUUGUUUGAGAAAUUGCUCAUGCAAAGCAUUAGUGUAUUCGCAAUACUACUACUCCCACAACGGUGAUUAUGCUGAUGAUAAUAAGUAUUUGGGGAAAGUUUACCCAUGUUUAUUAAUUAAUGAAGUGUUCUCUCUUAAGGCCAUAGAUGUGGAUUCCCAGAGCAUACAAAUCUCGUUGUUUCUUAAAGUACAGGAACAAGUUUCUUCCCCAAAAAAAAGUUCAAGGAGAGCAACAAGUAUUACUGCAUCUAUUAUUGCUGUAACUAUCAUUUCUAUUUGUCUUCUCCUCGGUUUCUUCUUUCUCGUGUAUAAUAGAAGGAAAAUGGUCAAAAGCGCAAUUGAAAAUCAUCUUCCUCAACUAUCAGGAUUGCCAACUAGAUUCUCAUAUGAUCAACUCAAAUCCAUUACUUGCAACUUUAGUACAAAACUCGGAGAAGGAGGAUUUGGCUCAGUAUUUGAAGGGACUUUAAGUAAUGGCGUCAAAGUGGCAGUGAAAUUCCUAGAUGGAUUCGACAAACUAAAGAAGUCUUUCUUGGCAGAGGUCGAGACUAUUGGAAACAUUCAUCAUGUGAAUUUGGUGAAGUUAAUUGGAUAUUGUGCUGAAGAGUCUCAUACACUUCUUAUCUACGAGUACAUGUCGAAUAGAUCUUUGGACAAAUGGAUUUUCUACAAGAACCAAGAAGUCAGACUUAGCUGGGAAUUGAGGAAGAAGAUUAUCAUCGACAUAGCAAAAGGAUUGGCAUAUCUUCAUGAAGAUUGUAGACAGAAAAUACUGCACUUGGACAUUAAGCCUCAGAACAUACUUUUAGAUGAGAACUUCAAUGCGAAAAUCUCUGAUUUUGGAUUGGCAAAACUUGUGGAGAAAGAUCAUAGCCAAAUCAUAACAACAUUAAGAGGGACUCCGGGUUAUAUUGCUCCAGAAUGGCUAAGCCUAAAUAUUACAGAAAAGGUAGAUGUCUAUAGCUUUGGUGUGGUGGUCAUGGAAAUCUUGUGUGGCAGACCAAACUUAGACAGAUCUCAAAUUGAGGACAAUAAGCAUCUCUUGGGCAUGUUUAAACAGAUGGGUGAAGAGGAGCGACUUCAAGAUUUAAUCGAUAAAGAUGAUUUGGAAAUGCAAUCAAAUAUUGAGGAAGUUGUCAAGAUAAUAAAGUUAGCUGCAUGGUGCUUGCAAAGUGACUUCUCUAGGAGGCCUUCAAUGACAAAUGUGGUUAAGGUCUUGGAAUGCGUCAUUGAAGUCGAAAACAACUUGGAUUACAAUUUCACAAAUCCUCCCAUUCGAAACGUGCCAACAAACCCUGAUGUCAAGGUUAGUGUAACUACACCAAUGUUUCCUUCCAUCUUAUCAGGACCAAGGUAAAAGAACUUAUGUAUUUUACCUUUCAUAUCCAAGAAGAACUUAUGUAUCACACUUAUUACAAAUAUUUAUGAACUAGAUAAGGUAAAAUGGUUGAUGCAGUUUUGAUUUUUGAUU